UCGGGUAAAUUGUCAAUAUGUUUGGAUGUUUGUCACUCUUCUCUCUGUUAAAAACAUCAAAACUUUUUGUUUUCGUUUCUUAAUUUGCAUAAAAAAUGAUCGAAAUUGUGGCAAAAUUGGUGCGCGAACAAACUCCAGUAUUUUUGUGUGGUGAAUCUGUCGAAUUGUUUAUAUCAUUCACGAAUCCAUCGUUGGCAGAGCACAGAAUUGCCCAGAGUAAUAAUGACAUUCUAGAGAACUUAGCAUGGGCGACAGGUCAAAUACACUGCUACCGCAGCUCGACCGAUACGGAUAAGCCAACCGACUAUUCGCAAAUAUUUUCUGCCGAAACAGCUCUAAAUGCAUCAAGUCAUGGACAAGGGAACGUGGUCUUGGCCACAGAACCGAAAAUUCUAUUCUGCGACCUUCGUCUCGCGGUCGGCGAAUCAAAAUCUUAUUUGUUCAAAGAAGUGCUUCCUAUGUCCAGCCCACCAACAUAUCGUGGCAUUGGCAUCAAAUAUUUCUACAAGCUCACCAUCGCAACCCAGCGGGUCGGAUCGAAGGUGCAAAUUUUACGCGUUCCAAUACGAGUGCUGUCACUACCGACCGUCAUUCGUUCCGAUGAUGUGCCAGCGCUGUGCAACGAAACCAACGAAGAACUGGCACCGACCAAUCCAUUUCUGGAGAAGCGCAAAACCGAAACAAAACUGGAAAUCGCUCUGCACCAUCUACAGAACAUAACGGCACGACGACGACCGAAUUUCUAUUUGAUAUCGAAUAAGCGCGGCCGUGUCGGUCGAUUCUGUCUAUUCAAACCGGUUUACAAAUUGGGCGAAGAUAUUGUGGGAACGUUAGACUUUACUUGUCGAACUGUGCGUUGCGUUCAGGUGUCUGUAACGCUUCAGUGUGAAGAGAUUUUGUUGUCGAAGCAAUCGAAAGGUGGAGCGACACCGAAAUCGACCGACGAUUCAAGCAAUUCAUCACAGCAAACGGCUGAGGUUAGCGGUAAAAUUAUGAAUUUCACAAAACACCACGAAGUGUGUGUGGGACUGCUGCAGACUCAGAUGAUUUUGCCGGUUCCUUUACAUGUUACGCCUUCGUUUUCAACUCCAUUAGUUGACGUACGAUGGAGACUGCACUUCGAAUUUGUGACGAGCACGAGUGAGUCGCUGACACCGCUUCAUGUAGACGAAAAUAAUUGGCAGGCACCGGUUGACAUUCCCAUCGAAACCAUGGUAUGGAAUCUUCCAAUCACACUGUAUCCAACAUCACCGAUGCAAAUCCUUCAGCAGUCCGGAAAGCAUUCGUUAAUCAUAAAGUGAAGCCUAAAAGGCACGUCGUCCAUCGCAACUUCCUUUAUUAUACAAAAAAGAGAACCUCACAAAUAUACACCGUUAUCAAUCCGAAUCCGA